UCACAUGACAGCUACAGUAGGAUCAUAUGACUUCAGUCGAUGAAAAUGAAAGCUGGGUGCAGCCAGCUGAAACCUGUACUGCUUAUUUUCAUCUUUAAUUUGUGUUUUUACGCGAGUUAUGAACUGACCGAGCUGCAGCUAUGUGAGCUCUGCAGCGGCACCGUCCUAAAUGUCUCCACGGUGGGCCAGUUUUGCUCGUCGUCCGCUGGUCGGAUAGAAAGGCGCUGCUGCUGGAGACAUGACAACACAAGUGACCGUGAACACAUCAUCGGGUUGGAUCUGUCCAACUGUUCACUAACCCACAUAGAGGAUCUUCAGGGAGCAUCAACGGCAUUAAUGAUAGACCUCUCACUCAAUCCUAUUGUCAACAUUAGUAACUCAACAUUUCAAGGAUUUGUAGAGUUAAAUUACAUGAUUUUGCCUCAAGACAUAGUUUGCCCAGGAGGAAACUCUUCUUGGGAAAAGGUGGAGGUCAACGGGACAAAUCGUAUAUGUGAGGGCCAGAAAGAUAUGUGCAACCAGACUGGACAGCUGUCCAUUAACUGCCCGGAGAACUCCCUCUGCGCCCCCUAUGGCCCCGGCUUCUUUGAGUGCAGCUGUGCUGACAAUUAUCAUGGAUACAAGUGUCUUCGGGAGGGGGAGUUCCCAACUCUUCAGGUGUUUGGGCCUCUUGGAGGAUGUACGUUUGUGAUCACUCUUCUGCUGUGGGUCACUCAGAGACGUAAGGCCAAGUCACUCUAAAGGCUGAACCGCAGCUGACUUCUGUAUCUGCAAUGACUUAGGAGGAAACUGACUUCUGAAAGGAAAAUGCUGACUAAGUCUGAGGCGAACUCGGACUUCUUUUAAACAUUGUUUUAUUUAAUUUUACUUCUUGGGGCAGCUACAUUUUAAAUAGCAAUUACUUUUUUUUACUGCAUCAUUGGUGCAAUUUCAGAGAAAGUUAAUUUGAACACUUGUUGCUCCAAGUUUAAAAUUUUUAACAAUACCACUGUUAACACUUUUAAAAUGUACUCAACUGACACAGGAUAUCGAUGAAGUGGUUUGUGUAUGUGGACUUUGUGUGUGCCAAACAUACAUGCACUGAAUGUGUAGCUACAUGUCCUGAAGCACAUAUGAGGAGAUUUGUAACAUUUGGUAAACUGUUUACUGCAUGUUGAACAUGUACUUUACUCAGAGCAAAAACCAAGUUCACUUUACGAAUCAUGAUAUGAAUCAUUAAAAUUUCACUGAGCUUCGUGCUUUCAUUACGUUUUUCUUUCUUAUUAACUACCACGGUACGUCACCUGCUGUGAACACAUCUUGCAUGUUGUGUGUCUUGUGUAGUUACACUUCAGCAUCUUCUCAAAUGAGUCCUUGUCUCAGUGUUGACGGACAAGUGAUUUUUGAUGCUUUUUUUCUCAACAAGAUUUAGGGCUCCAAUAAAAUAUUAAAAA